UUAUAUCUCGCAAAACCAAGCCGGCCGGUGUGUUUCUGAAGUGUGCGUACUGUAAUGGAGGAACCAAACUCUAAUAAAUAGGUCAGCUUGCAAAAAAGAAAAAAAAGAACGACAGCUAGAAGUCUGUGAAGAUAUAUAUCAAAAGAAACAAACAAAAAAAGCCGCGAAGAAAACGCUUCCAGGAUGGGCUGCAUUGGGUCCAAAAAGGAGCAGGAGCCUAUGGUCAAAGAGCUGGAUCAUGACGAUUCAACGCAGGCAGCACACUAUGUCAAAGACCCAACGUCUGGGAAGAAGCCUAACAGCAAAACCAGCUGCUUCAAUGGCCCAGCAAGCGCUGAAGAAAACAUUGUGAUUGCACUGUAUGAUUAUGAAGCCAUUCAUGAUGGAGACCUUGGCUUCAAGAAAGGAGAGAAACUGAAAGUCCUUGAAGAGUCUGGAGAGUGGUGGAACGCAAUGUCUAUCAGUACUGGACAGGAAGGCUUCAUCCCAAGGAACUAUGUGGCCAAAGACACCCUGGAGACUGAGGAGUGGUUCACCAAAGGUGUGAGCAGGAAAGAUGCAGAAAGGCAGCUUCUGGCAUCUGGUAAUCAAGCUGGAUCCUUCAUGAUCCGUGACAGUGAGACCACUACAGGUAGCUACUCACUGUCGGUGAGAGACAGUUCUAGUCAAUCUGGUGAUACCGUGAAGCAUUACAAGAUCCGCUCCCUGGACAACGGCGGCUUUUAUAUCUCACCCAGGAUCACCUUUAAUAACUUACAAGAGUUGGUUAGCCACUAUAAAAAACAGGCUGAUGGGCUGUGCCACACCCUUUCGGUUCCCUGCAUAAACUCCAAACCGCAGCAGCCAUGGCAGAAGGAUGCCUGGGAGAUUCCUCGAGAGUCCUUGAAGAUGGACAAGAAGCUGGGUGCAGGACAGUUUGGGGAGGUCUGGAUGGCCACAUACAAUAAACACACCAAAGUAGCAGUGAAGACCAUGAAACCAGGUAGCAUGUCGGUGGAGGCCUUCCUAGCAGAGGCUAACUUGAUGAAGACCCUUCAGCAUGACAAACUUGUCCGGCUUCAUGCUGUGGUCACCAAGGAGGAGCCCAUCUACAUAAUCACAGAGUUCAUGGAGAAAGGCAGUUUACUGGAUUUCCUGAAGAGUAACGAGGGCAACCAAGUCCCGUUCCCUAAACUCAUUGACUUUUCAGCCCAGAUCGCAGAAGGUAUGGCCUACAUUGAAAAGUGCAACUACAUCCACAGAGAUCUGCGAGCUGCCAAUAUCUUGGUCUCCAAAUCCUUAGUGUGCAAGAUUGCAGAUUUUGGGCUGGCCCGCAUCAUAGAGGACAAUGAGUACACUGCUAGAGAAGGUGCAAAGUUCCCUAUUAAGUGGACUGCUCCAGAGGCAAUCAACUAUGGGUCCUUCACCAUCAAGUCUGACAUCUGGUCUUUUGGCGUCCUUCUUACUGAGACCAUCACUUACGGCCGCACACCUUACCCAGGAAUGACAAACCCAGAGGUGAUCCGCUCCCUGGAGAGAGGGUACCGCAUGCAGCGCACAGACAACUGUCCCAAGGAGUUGUAUGACAUCAUGCUGGAGUGUUGGAAGAACAAGCCGGAGGACCGGCCCACCUUCGAGUACCUCCAGAGUGUUUUGGAAGAUUUCUACACGGCAACGGAAAGCCAGUACCAGCAGCAGCCAUGAAGCUGAUGUGCACAACCAGUUGGGUCUCAUAUGGACAUAUGGACAGAACACACACACAUACACUUAUUCCCUUAUAUUUUACAUGCAAAAUCAAAUGUGGGAUGUUACAGAUAAGUGACAUGUCUAAGCUCUAUAUAUUCCAAAUAUAUAGUAAAGUGCAAAAAUCUUCAAACAAAAAAGAUGUUUAAAACUAUCGAUCUGGUUAGUAACUCUAUGCAAAAUUCUAAUUCUAAAAAACACGGUUUAACAGAGUGCAUGCAAAUGAUCAGCAACGCAGUAACAAUAAGGAUUCCUUCUGUUCUUCAAGAAUGUACUGAUAUCCAGUAGGAAGAACAGUUCCCAAAUCUCUUCCUCAGGGGCACCUCAGCCAUUCCAUGUAUUUGAUACUGCAAAUAGUACGGUGACUUUCAAAGAGGUUUUGAAAUGGCCAAGCUAACACACUUUGACAGACAUCAUAGCUUGUUAUCACUUUACAGUAUGACUUCCUUUUGCUACAUAUAAAUGGUAGUAACUCAUUAAUUUUAAAAAAACAUAACUUGUUUAUAAUUGUCUAUUAAUAAUUUACAAAGUGUUACGACCUACCUAAUAACCUCAUUAUAAACCAUUCAUAAAGCUUUUAUAAGGGUAGGUUUAUUGUAAAGUACCCAUAGUGAGUAGUGUCAUUUGGAUUAUUUAAUUAGGAGAGUACAUUCAAAAUACGUCAGUGGGAUAUCUGGGGAGUGUAGCAUACCCAUUAAUUUUUUUGGCUAAUCAGCACUUUAGGAAUUAACUGCAUUUUACCUUUUUCUUUAUUGUACUGGUUUUGUUCAUCAGUCAUUUGAGGAUACACGUUUUACUUUGAUUAAAUCAAACCAUAAUCUGUGUAGUUUUACAUGGUACUGUAUAUAUUUAUGUUUCUGCAUUGCAUAUUCAGUUAGUCAAGCAUCUUAAAGACUCAGAUACUUCUGUACUCUCUAUAUCGGGGCUAUUCAAUUCAGGCCCUCGAUUCCAAAUCCAGGCCUUGUUUUCAGUUCUCCCAGGUAGUUAGUUUAAUAAUUACUGAUUCUGAUUGGUCAGAGGCUUCACACCUGGCUCACAGGUGAAGGAAGGCUGGAAAAUCAGCAGGGUUCAGCCCUUGAGGACUGUGAGUUGAAUAGCCCUGCUCUAUAUCAUGUUUCUGUGAUGAAAUACAUUGUGCGUCACAGCAGGCCAGCCCAAGUGAGUAUUAUUUCAAGGUGAUAUAGUUAUUUAAGAGUUUUACAGCCUAUAUUAGGCUUCAAAGUCAUGUCCCAUUACAAUAAACUAUAAUGUGAGCUGAGUGAGCCAGGGUCAAGCGCUGAUGCCCUUAUAUUGCAAUCUUUCUUAUAUUAAUAAAUGGAAAAUAAAAGAUCAUGCCAUUGUUCAGUUUCCAGCUGAGAAACAGGAUUUUUGUGCUCUUUUUGACUUCAUGUGCACUUGAGUACUGUGUGAUAUUGUCCGUAUUUUAUAAUAAUAUAACGGUUGAAAGGUGCUUCUGAUUUAUUUGAUGGAAAUGUAACAUUUUCUCUCCACAACCCUACACUGGAUAAGUGGUUGGUAGAUUAAUAGAUGUACUGUCUUCUUGUUUUUGCUUUUGAAAAAAUUAUAUAAUAUAUUUAAAUAUGAUGUUUGUCUUGUUAUUCCCCACUCAAUAUUACAUACUUUAGUUCUGGAUAAAUAAAUUUGGAAACUAUAAAAUCUAUAUUUCUCUUUCCCUGUUUCAGUUUUAAAUAUUUUUUUCUGAAAAACAUUACAUAUAUUUAUAUAAAUACAUUCAGUUCAAAGUAAUAAGUAUGCUGUAUAAGGUUUUAAUAUGGCAAUUCAAUAAUAAUGAGAGGUGUUUAUUUUGAUAUAAAGUCUAUAUUUCUGCCUGUAUAUAUUUUCAUUCUCUGGUUUCCUUGAAAUGUGUUUACCCUUAUGAUACUUUGUACCAUGAUUUGCAUGUUUUAACUGAAAUAAAAUAACCAUAACAAACA